AUACGGCGUUUUCUGUCAGUGGCCCUGAAACCCAACACAAGAAGAAGUUGUACCAGCUGUGACACACGUGUUGUACCAGCUGUGACACAGGUGUUGUACCAGCUGUGACGCACGUGUUGUGAACAAUACUGUUAGAGUGUCUUCACUACCACAUCUAUAGUAAAUCAGUACAAGAUGGGGAAAACAGUAGAAAGAGCCAAGAAGAAGGUGGGCGGCUUUGUCAAGUCCACCAACUCCAUGAACCCCGACCGACCUCGUGAUAAGGUGCAGCUUCGUGGUGCUCCUUAUGCAAGAGACAAGGCAACCAUUAAACGCCUGCAAAUGUAUCGAACUGGGAAAGCAAAACGCAACAGGCAGGGAAAAAUUAUUAAGGCUGCCGUGUUCCAGAACAGAGUCAGUCCAGGUACUCAGGCUCGUGUUGAACCUAAUCAGCGAUGGUUUGGAAAUACCAAAGUUAUUGGGCAGAGAGCUCUUCAAACUUUCCAAGAAGAGAUGGGAAAAGUCUUGAAGGAUCCCUAUCAGGUGGUGAUGAAGAAAACUGGCUUGCCCAUUUCCCUGCUUAAGGAAGUGGCUAAGAAUGCUCGUGUACACAUCCUAGAUACUGAACCUUAUGAGUGUGUCUUUGGUAAAAAGAAGACAAGGAAGAAGCCCAAUCUCAAGAUUGGGGACUUUGACCAAUUUGCUAAACAUGCUGAGGAAGAGAGUGAGAAAUAUGAUCAAGAGAAGGAUAAAGAUCUUGUACGAGAUGCGCCGGAUGCUCAAGAACUCCCUCCACAGUGGUUCCUCAAGGCUGGACAAAGCAAGCGUAUUUGGAAUGAACUCUAUAAGGUGAUCGAUUCAUCAGAUGUAGUGAUUCAAGUGCUUGAUGCUCGAGACCCAUUGGGAACCAGAUCCAAGAUAAUAGAGAAGUUUAUGCGUACUGAGAAGCCUCACAAACAUCUUGUCUUUGUCUUGAACAAGGUUGAUUUAGUGCCUGUGUGGGUCACACAAAAGUGGGUGGCCAUUUUAAGUGCUGAAUAUCCUAGCCUUGCUUUCCAAUCCUCCAUCACAAAUCCAUAUGGUAAAGGUGCCUUGAUCACCCUUCUGCGCCAGUUUGGGAAAUUACACAAGGACAAGAAGCAAAUUAGUGUUGGCCUCAUUGGCUUUCCCAAUGUUGGCAAGAGCUCUAUAAUCAAUACACUGAGAUCUAAAAAGGUUUGUAAUGUAGCUCCACUUGCUGGUGAGACCAAAGUGUGGCAGUAUGUUACCCUGAUGAGGAAAAUAUACCUCAUAGAUUGUCCUGGAAUUGUGCCACCUUCGCACGAGACUGCUACAGACAUGGUCUUGAAAGGAGCUGUUAGAACAGAGUACCUUAAAAAUCCUACAGAUUAUAUUAUCCCUGUUUUGGAGAGAGUGAAGCGAGAGUACAUCUGCAAGACAUAUCGGGUGGAUGACUGGAGCACUCCAGAAGAUUUUAUGGAGAAAGUAGCAAGACGUAUGGGCAAACUUUUGAAAGGAGGAGAACCAGACUUCAACACUGUUGCCAAAAUGAUCCUAAACGACUGGCAGCGAGGCAAGAUUCCUUAUUUUGUGCCACCACCUGGACAUGACUCUUCAGAAUUUAUUAAACUAAAGAAUGAAGAAAAUGAAGAAAUGGCUGCAAAAAUUAAAGAGAAAGAAGCAGAGGAGGAAGAGGAAGAAGCACGAAACAUGAACACCAUCAACAGUAAUGUGCCUUCAGUAUUCCAAGAUUUAGGUAAAAUAACAUUGAGUCUGGAGUACUCUGAAGAUGAUGCGAGACCUCUGGAAAUAACUGAUCAAAUUCCCGAGGAUUAUGAUGAUAAUAUUGAAGAAAUUGACGAUAUGAAUAGUGUGCUUGAGGAAAGCAAAAACAGUUUGUCAGAGAGUGAAGAGAUGAAUGGCACAAAAGACGGAGACAGUUCGACAACUACUUCCAUCCUGGACGAUAAAGCUUCACCAGUUGCUCCAGAACCUGCCAAUGUGAAUAAAGAAAAUGAUCAGGUGGAAGCUGUUGCUACCUCACAGCCAACAAGCACUGGCACUGAUGAAAAUCUAGGUGAGGAACUACAAUCAGAUGAUGAGAAAAUGAUUGGAGAGGAUUUAUUGUCUAGUGAGGAUGAAGUUGAAACAGCAGCUGGUGCAUUUACUGUUGCAAACGUGAGGAAACUGAGAAGAAAGCGCAAACAUCUUCCCGAAGAGGAAGCCAAGCCAUUAACUUCUAAACAGAGGAGAAGAAUAGAGAGGGAGCAGAAAAGAAAGAAAAUAGGAAGUAAUUUCUAUGAAGUCACCAAUGUAAAAAAUAGAAAUCGCAAUAAAGUUAAUCCAGGUUUAGUAGCAAGUAUGAGAGGCCAUGCUAAAAACAAAAAAAAGUAAAUAUUCAAGCAAAUUUUUAAUGAAGAGAAGUAAUGUGUUAAUGUCCAUUAACCUAUGAAGCUAAAAAUAAACUGUACAUAGGUAAAUAUACCUGUGACUGAU